AUAUCUGAGACGUUACGGUGACGUUUCGCCGCUGGCACCACAGUUUCCUGUUGCAGACUUUUGACGUGCAGCCCUUAUUUUCCGGUCCUCGUUUCACAAUUCACUUUUCAUCGAUAUUCAGAUUCCACUCGACGGACCAGAGGAAUAGAUUAGAAGAGCAUCAUGUCGUCUGACGCAGAUAUGCCCACUUUCAAGUGCGUCCUGGUGGGCGACGGCGGCACCGGGAAGACCACCUUCGUGAAGCGGCACAUGACGGGGGAGUUCGAGAAGCGAUAUGUCGCCACGCUCGGCGUGGAGGUGCAUCCGCUCGUCUUUCACACAAACCGCGGUGCCAUUCGCUUCAACGUGUGGGACACGGCCGGCCAGGAGAAGUUCGGCGGCUUGCGCGACGGCUACUACAUCCAGGGCCAGUGCGCCAUCAUAAUGUUUGAUGUGACUUCCCGCGUCACGUACAAGAACGUUCCAAACUGGCAUCGGGACUUGGUGCGCGUCUGCGAAAACAUCCCCAUCGUGUUAUGCGGCAACAAAGUGGACAUCAAGGACCGCAAAGUGAAAGCCAAGAGCAUCGUCUUCCACAGGAAGAAGAACCUCCAGUACUACGACAUUUCGGCCAAGUCGAACUACAACUUCGAGAAGCCCUUCCUGUGGCUCGCCCGCAAGCUCGUGGGCGAUCCGAAUCUCGAGUUCGUGGCGAUGCCAGCCCUUCUGCCGCCCGAGGUGAAGAUGGACAAGGCUUGGCAGAUUCAAAUCGAGAAGGAUCUCCAGGAGGCGCAGGCCACAGCUCUGCCGGAGGACGAUGAAGACCUGUAAAAGCACACGCAAACACACUACCCCAUUCGUCGCGACGCCACUGAGAGAUCUUCGUCCUCUCUCUUGAGAGAAAUUAUACAGCUACUCAAACGCUAGGGGAUGACAUUGAAUAAAUAAUGGACUAGAGAAGGAGAGACUCUCAUAAGAAUUCGGCAAAGUGGACGCGAGCGCGACAAUGGAACACUUUUUGGUUUAUUUCCGGGUCAUUAAGUAGACUUUAUAUAAACGUUGAUUUAAUUGAUUACUUGUACUUGCGAAAGAGAUGGAUUUCUACUCUAGAUUGAUUUAGUUGAAGCAAAUUUUCUCUUGAUUUUCCCACGGUGGAAUCUUGGACUGAUCAGCGAUUAUGUUGAGUGUGUUGACGGAUCAAGUUGAAAUUGUAUUCUUUAUUGGCUCUUUUAUUUCAUCUUAACAAAUACAUUUCCGUGAAAUAUUUGACAAAA